AUGGCCCACCGCCGCGGCCUCGCCCUCGGGCUGACCAUCGGCGGCUCCUCUAUCGGCGGCGUCAUCUGGCCCAUCAUGCUCGAGCAGCUCUUGGCCGUCCGAGGCCUGGGUUUCGGCUGGACCAUGCGCGCCGUCGCCUUCACCAUGCUGCCGCUGCUGGCCACCACGUGCCUGACCGUCGUCGAUGCGCCCAUCGUUCCCGACACGGCAGCAUCGCCCGCAUCCGACGGCAUCGAAAAAGCCGCCGAGUCCUCGGCCGAUGAUGAGGUGACGCGCGAGAAGCGGGCCGACUUCUCCAUCCUCAGAAACACAACCUUCGUGCUGCUAUGCGGCGGUCUCGCGAUCGGUUACUUCGGCCUCUUUACGCCCCUCUUCUACGUCCCGGCCUUUGGCGUUGCCCGGGGUCUGUCAUCGUCGACGGCCUUUUACCUGCUGUCCGGGCUCAACGCGGCGUCCUUUCUUGGCAGGGUCAUCCCGGGGUUCCUCGCGGACCGGUACGGGCACUUCAACCUGUGCGCGCUGGCGGCGCUGUCGGCCGGCGUCCUCGGGUUCUGCUGGACGGCGGCAUCCUCACUGGCUGGGCUGGCGGUUUGGAGUUUGGCGUACGGGUUCUGCUCGGGCGCCGUCAUGAGCUUGCAGACCGCCUGCGUGGGGAAGAUUGCGCAUCACGACAACCAGGGACUGGCCGUCGGCUUCAUGAUGGCGACCAUCGCCGUGACGUGA